GGUCUGAUCCAUUGACCUGUGCUAUUGCUGGCUGACUCUUCUCUUGUGUCUCAGUUUGUAGCUACUAGUCUUUAAGGAGGAGAGAGGAUGAGUGAUGAUGAUGGUAGGAGUCCAGAGGAGCAGCCGCUACUGAGGGUUGAUGGUGGCAGGGGCAGGAGAAUGAAGGAGAGCAAGUGUGGCCGGUGUGUCAGCUCCCGUGCCUGCUGUGGCCUUCUCUGCUGUAUUAUGAUAACCACCGCCAUUAUUGCUGCUGUACUAGCUGUUCUUAUAUCCUAUGGUAUCAUUGAUAAAGAAGUUGAUAAGUUUAUUGCUAAACAAGUAUCGUUAACUAAAGGUUCAGCAGCUACAGACCAAUGGUCUAAACCUGGUGCCGCUGUCUACAUGUCCUUCUACAUGUUUAACUUAACUAACAAAGAUGAGUUUUUAAAUGGAGAGAAAGCUACUAUUAAAGAAAUAGGACCAUUUGUAUACAAUGAGUCGAAGACGAAGUAUAAUUUGAGAUGGAACAGUGAUGAGACCAUUUUGGAAUAUUUUGAAAAUACCUCGUAUAUUUUUAACAAAGAGAAAUCAAACAGACUUGAUCCAAGUCAUGUUAACAUUACCACUAUUAACCUCCCUCUUAUUGGAUUUCUCCUCCAGUUUGAAAAACUAAUAAACAUUUCUGCUACUUUUCCACCUCCAAUCAACACUAUUGUUAAAGAUCUAAUUGAAACUAUAAUAACUGAAUUGAACAAAGACUUUAACGAGAAACUAAUAAUGACACGACCAGUCAGUGAGAUACUCUGGGGCUAUGAAGAUCCUUUUCUGAAGUUUGUGGCCGAUUUGUUAGCAAAUGUGACAUUUAUUGAUUUACAUAAGGAGCUCAAUGGUGGAUUCUUCCAGUUAGAGCACCAGACUGAUACAGCUGGUCCUAAUAUGGUCUACACUGGUAAAGGAUCACCCCAGACUACAGCACAGUAUCUCAUGUAUGACGGUAAAACCAGUAUAACCGGUUGGGGCACUCCUUAUGCCCAGAUGAUCAACGGUACUGAAGCACUCCUGUUCCAUCCUGGAGUAUCAAGAACUGACGUGUUGGAUGUGUAUGUGGAUGAACUCUUCAGAUCUGGCUACUUUACCUAUUAUAAAGAUAUCACUGAAUUUGAUAUAAAGAUGUAUCAGUUCAGACUACCACAGAAAGAGCUACAGAAAGCUUAUCAGGACAAAGGAUUCUACAUGGACGGGCCUGAUGGUGUACUUAAUCUCACUGCUGUGUUCCCCCUAAAUGUCCCAAUAUUUGUUAGUAAGCCUCACUUCCUUGAUGCUGAUGAAUAUUAUACUAAUGAUAUUAAUGGUCCCCCUAGCAACAGGGACAAACAUGAUUCAUUCCUUAACGUUGAACCAAUAACUGGUGCUGUGCUGCAUGCUGCCAAGAGGUUACAAAUUAACAUCCAACUCAAACAAUACGAAGACAUACCUGAUUUAUCUCAUUUGCCAAUCAAUACAACCUACCUGCCUUUACUGUGGGUUGAAGAGACUGGGUCUCUUAACGAGUCAAUUGCCAGUACAUUUAGAGAUACUGUGUAUAAACCAAUCAACACAAUACAAAUAUCUGCAAUAACGGUAGCAUCUGUAUCAGGAUCUGUUGGUAUAUUGUUGCUGUUGAUAUUCCUAAUGGUUGGGCUGUGCAAACUUGAGAUGUACAUGAAGAGGAGACGCAAAAGGAAUGGAGAAACUGCAUAUGUUGGUCUCAAUUUUAAUAACUAGUUUUAAUGACUAUUAAUAACUAAUUUUAAUAACUACAUUUUUGUAAUUGCUGUGAGAAAUUUUGACCAAUAACAAUUUAAUUAAAAUUAA